AUGGCUUGUAGUGCUAUAUUUAUUUUGGAUUUGAAAGGAAAGGUGGGUAUGAUAUGGGUGGCCUCAAUUUUCUUAUAUUAUAUCAUUAAAAUUUUUCAGGUAAUUAUAUCUAGAAAUUAUCGUGGGGAUAUUGAUAUGAAUGUAAUUGAUAAGUUUAUACCCAUAUUGGUCGACAUGGAAGAGGAAGGCACACUAACUCCAAUUAUUAACCAUGAGGACAUCACGUUUGCAUUCAUCAAGUACAACAAUAUUUAUGGUGGGUGCUGAUAGAAAAAAAUCUUAAUGGUUUAGUUGUGGCCAUAUCCCAAAAAAACGUAAAUAUUGCUCUGGUUCAAUCAUUUUUGUAUAAGAUGGUCAGCGUGUUCUGUGAAUACUUCAAAGAUGUCGAAGAAGAGUCAAUUCGCGAUAAUUUCGUCAUAAUUUAUGAAUUGAUGGACGAAAUUAUGGAUUUUGGAUAUCCACAGACCACUGAGGCCAGAAUUUUGAGAGAGUAAGUGACAUUUUAAAUUUUUAUAGGGGCUUUAUUCCAGAUAUAUUACUCAAGAAGGCCACAAAUUAGAAGCCCCCAGACCUCCGAUGGCGGUUACGAAUGCAGUAUCUUGGAGAUCAGAGGGCAUUAGAUACCGGAAGAACGAAGUGUUUCUUGAUGUCAUUGAAUCUGUUAAUAUGCUGGUGGGGUAUUUUUUUAUAGUCUAUAUUCUCGUCUUAGGCUAAUGCAAACGGGACCGUUCUGCAAAGCGAGAUUGUUGGUUCUGUGAAAAUGAGGGUUUAUUUGUCCGGAAUGCCUGAACUUCGACUCGGACUUAACGACAAGGUACAGUUCGAGAACUCAGGACGUAAGUUAUGCCGAUAUUAAUUUAAUAUUUUAGGUGGCAAAAACAAAGCCGUAGAAUUGGAAGAUGUUAAGUUUCAUCAGUGCGUUCGCCUCUCCAGAUUUGAAAACGAUCGUACGAUAAGUUUUAUUCCUCCGGAUGGCGAAUUCGAGUUAAUGAAUUAUCGACUCACAACGGUUGUAAAACCGUUGAUAUGGGUAGAGACAGUCGUGGAGAAGUUUUCGCAUUCACGGAUUGAAUUUAUGAUUAAGGUAAAAUUACUACUUUUGCAUCUUAACAACUGAACCUUCAAGUAUCCUAAAGUUGUACAUACACUUGUACAUACUUGCAGGAUCUAAGGUUUGGUAAGAGCUAUCGAAAAACUGCUAAUUCCAUUCGUGAGAGCAUUCUAGGAAGAAGCAAGCAUCACAACAGAUUCAGAAAAACCACAUCUGGACCAGAAUGGUUGGUUCCGGCGGAAGAUAUACUAGAUUUCAGGGCAAAAAUUGGUCGAAAUUUAAAAUUCAAUUUCCAAAAGUCGAUAACUAAAUCCGACUUGGACAGUUCGUAACAGUAGUAGGACUCCUAGACUUUAACUUGGGGUAGUUUCUAAUUUACAGGUCAUUAAAAAACAGUAAUAAGGGUUAUGUCAACUGGGGGUAUUUUUUAGGACAUUUUUUGUCAUAAGUCCCAAAUAAAGCUUCGAUGGGCUGAACCACUAUUAUAUUAUUACUCACUAGGUAACCUCUUCCAUUGCUGCAUGGAGGUGCCGACUCGUCCGGAAAGGGUUAAAACGGGCAGAAGCAUUAAAAUAGUUGCCAAACCGACCCAAACUUUUUUUCGACAACUCUUACCAAACCCUAGAUACAGCAAUUUUCCAGGGGGUAGGUAUACUUUCGUAACGGAGUGCUUUCAUUUUAUUCGCCAUUUCAGGCCAAAUCUCAAUUCAAGCGACGGUCCACGGCUAAUAAUGUCGAGGUGGUUAUUCCGGUGCCACGUGACGCGGACACUCCGAAGUUCAAAGCAGCCAUAGGAUCAGCAAAGUACGUCCCGGAAGACAAUGCAUUUGUAUGGAAUAUAAAAAGUUUCCCCGGAGGCAAAGAGUAUCUGAUGCGAGCCCAGUUCCGACUGCCGUCCGUGGUGGGGGAUGAAGCCGAGGGCAGGCGACCUAUGAAAAUACGCUUUGAGAUUCCGUAUUUUACAACAUCCGGAAUUCAGGUAUAGCUGUUCAUGCGGAAGAAAUAACUUGAUUUCAGGUACGUUAUCUCAAGAUCAUUGAGAAAAGUGGGUACCAAGCUCUCCCAUGGGUUCGUUACAUUACCCAGAAUGGUGAUUGUCAAAUAAGAAUGGCUUAG